CGCUGUGACCCCUUGAGGGCAACAGAUUUGCGGAUUUGUGGAUUAGUGCUGUAAUCAUAUUACAAAGUGAAACUCUAAGUGUUAGAGCCGGGCAUGAAAUUCCUCGAUUAGCCAGCAUCGCUUAUCGUCAAAGCUCUUAGCAUCGAUUGCUGUUACCGCUGCAAACAAGAUUCGACCCAAAACGCGAUUUAUCCAAGAUGCGUUUUGCAGCUUUCCAAGUACUUAUCCUCUUUUUCACAGCCACAGAGGAAACAAUCUCGGGUAAGUCGCUUCUUCGCCGGGGGAUUAUUCACACAUUUCUAUCCGUUUUCAAGGGUCUUGGUUUUGUUCUCAGAGGGAAACUGACUGCGGAUUCUACAAGUUUCUCUUAAGCGUUAUAGUAGCAGGUCGUUAACGUGGAGACCAGCACAGUUGUAAAGACGAUUUUCUGAUGAAUAACACUUACAGCUGAGGAACAUAAAACUAAUCAUUUUAUUCAGCAGGGAGCAAUUAAGGUGUAGUUAUCGCUAACAUACGCCCAUUAAAUAUAUCAAAGUCUUUCCUAUGACUCCAUAAAACCAGAAAAUAAGCUCAGAAAAACUGCUUUCUUAACGGGAAUAAAGGAGGUAUUUGUCCACUGUAUGCGGCCAUAAGGGAUUGGUUUUGAUAGAUUCCGGAACACCUGAAAGAAAUUUUAGCUAUACGGUCACUUCUCAGACAUGCACAAACUAAAUUUUUCAGACAGAGUUGGUUUGAGUUUUAAACCAAGUAUUGCAAUAUUAAAAGAGUUUAUAGCAGUCUUUAAAACUUCUUUUAGGAGAGUUCGAUUUUUGAUUACGUUGUUCUAAGACGGUUUGUUUAAUGUUAGGAAACGGGAUGUGCGCGGUUAGCAAAAGUAUUUGCGGCUCUUAAUUGCAAGAGCAGACUCAAAACUCUCUACUGACAGUGAGGUGGAUGUUUUUCACUCACUUACUUUAUAAAGAGCCACUCUUUCCCUGAAUAAAAAAAACAACCACGAAAAAUUCAUCGCGCGGUAUAAAUAUUCCCAUUUUAGGGCCAUGAUGUCGUACCUUUUCUUUUAUCAAAGCGAAAUGUCAAGUUAUGGACACGCGAUAUUGCUAUCGCAUGUUUCAUAUGGUGCUGUUAAUUGCCUUGGUUUUAAGCUUGAAACACAAGGAAAAUACACCUAAUGAAAUUAUGAAAAUCAAACUGAACUUCAUGGGUAAAAAUACAGUUCGCAUGCUCAUUAUUAGAAUAAUCAUCAUGCAUGUCUCUGCUUUAUAUUUAGUGACAAAUUCCCCCAUUUAACAGUAGUUUUUGCCAGUUUAAUUUCCCGAUUUGACUGCAUAAAGGUCUUUCAGGGACAUACAAAACUGUUAACAUGAAUUUUUGGCCUUAAAAGGUUCUAAAAUAACAGUGCCGUGAUAUAAGUAGAACAUGGUAAAUCUUUUAGUGCUAAAUGGAGCUAUUAAACUUUCGGUGACCCUCAUGGAUGCACUGAUCGGAGCUUGUUUCAUAGUCAGGGAUGUUCAGAUAUUCCGUUCAAGCCAAGCUCACUUUAACCAAACGAUUAGCAACAAAAUGACUAAAGGUUUUAAGGUAAUAAUUAAGAUAACGAAAGUAGACUAAUAGCUGAAAGUAGACUAACUGCAGUGAGAGUUUCUUCCUGUUCUGUUAACAUUUCACAAUUGAACGAAGCCUUGUUAGUUUGUCCAAAAUAGAGAAAAACCAAAAACCUAGCGAGAAGCUCUCUUAGAACAUUAGUAAGUAUUAGAGACGAAACUUUGCUGAACAUAAUUCUGAGAAAAUUUUUUGACCUGAUUUGAACGCUCUGCGCUGGUCAUUUUGAAGUGAAAGACGCCUGGAAAACAACAGCUUACACGCAACAACACUGAACAUGUCAAAGUUAGACUGAGAAGGUUCAAUAUCGAAGAAAGCAAGAAUUUAGGCCACAAAAAUUUUACAUAGAGAACAUUUUUAAAAUAGGGCCUCUGUGUUUUAGAUUUUCUGCUAACAAAAUAGUUUUUUUAACAUCUUUCAUCUAGCUUCGCGGUAAAAUACAGUUUGUACAAUGUGUUACCCCCUUGAAGCCAGUUUGACUCCAGACACAAUUACAUUGAGUUUAUCGGUGUUCGCACGUUAUUCACGUCAAACGCGAACGUUUCUUAAUCCAUGAGUUCCUCUCUGAAAUACGCACAAGAUAAAUUACUUCGAAAACGAGCAAAUUGUUUCACUUUUUGAAAGCAGAAGAUAACUUUUGUAAACACGCAUCUCCACUCUGCAGACAAUCGAUCAACAGUGAAGUUGUCGGCUGCCAAACGUGAUGAAUUGUUCUAGACAAAUCAUGAGAUUUCAUUACCAGUUAAUUAAUUUUCUUUUGACAGUUCCUCCAACUUUGCUAUUGUUUCUUUGUUGUGAAAAAGUAAACUCUGGUAGGCUCUAAGUGCGCGUUUUACAGUCCUCUGAAGGGUACUCAGAAAAUAAGACGAUGACUGAGGUAGGUACAAAGACGAUGAAGGAAAAAUCGGGCGAUCACAAUCCAUGGGAAAAACAAUCCGAAAGGCCAAGAUUGCCCUGGGAGAUCGGUACAACCAAAUGACUAGACCCGAACUGCGCCUUUUUAUCUUAAAGCUGGCUUUCCGAAGACAGUAAAAAUCGGUAUUUUGUCGAGUCAUCAAAUAUUUCACACUCAACGCCCUCGAUAGACUGAUUGAAGGAAAUGGAAAACUGCGUGUGUCAGUAUUCCUUCGCCCAGGAUUUAUUUUGAUUGAGAUGUCUAAAUAAAUAUUCAGUUUGUUUUUAAAAUGCUUAUCUUAUUGCUCAGUGCUUAAUAUUAUAGGUUACGAUUUUCUUCCUUCCUUCCGAAUGUGGAAUUGACACUUAAAUGCUUGUUUAGCCUCCAAAUGGCCGGGAAAUUUCGCGCGCGCGAGUACGUAAAGGCCACGGGGGCACGCGAGGACCGCUAAUCGCGUCAGCUUGCAAGCUCGUUUCUUCUCUCGAAUUCGAAGACCUGCUCUGACACAGCCCAUUGCUUGUUAAAGAUUCGAAUAUUUCGCUAUUAGUAUCCUACGACCAAACUUUUGAAUGGUGGAAAGUGUAAGGGGAAAAAUUAGUACCCAGUCGACUCCUCCAUUGCAGGGUUGAUCUAUCAAAUGUUGCCUUUCAAAACAAUAUUAAACUAAUUACGAUUACUGGUCAACAUGUGCCAAAAUGUAAACUUUGCUUGAUUUAAGAUAGUCUAAAACGAAAAUGAUGAAGAUAAAAUCUCCCAGUUCAAUGAUAGUCAAUGUUCUUUUUCUCUCGAGUGGACUGGAAAAUAUUUUUGAACCCUUACACCAUUUUAUUUGUAUUCCGCUACGUACCUGUAUAUUAUCAUAAACGCGGUAGAACGUAGCUCCAUGGUAGCUCAUAGUGCGUGUCUACACACUUAGCAACCUAGUCUUAGUACACUUCGCGGAAAACUUUAGCCUGUGUAGCAAGCGUUUCCAAUCGAGUUAUUGCACGAAAGUUGGGUUUCCUUCUCUCCCCUCCCCCUUUAGUCUCCUUCGCAGCCGUUAUUAGGGUCGUCACUCGUCACGCAACGCUCCUCUGGGGAGGAGCGUUGCGUGACGAGUGACGACCCUAAUAACGGCUGCGAAGGAGACUACUCCCCCUUUCCCUUCAUUCCUUUUGUUUGCUCUCAUCCCAACUCUCUAGACGCACUCGCGCGGAAACGAUUGCUACGCAGGCUACGAAAACGUCUGCAGAAUGCAUUCAGUUUGUUUACUCUUAAACAAAACGGUCCUCUCUCCUCCGUGGAGGCCAACCUCGUCCCCAGGGCUUUUCCCUGGAAGAGACCUUUUCCCGCCCCUCCCAAUUUUUUAAGGGAAAAGCACUGGGGACGAGGCUGCGCGGCUGCCCUGGAGGCUGGGGCCGGGAAGAAGGAAAACAGAAAGCGCGCGGGGCACGAUGGGAAAGGGAUUGAAAAGGGAGAAGGCGAGCCUAUUCCCUCUUCCCAUCGUGCCCCGCGGGCUUUUUAUUUUUCGAUGUAUUGCUAUUUUUAUUGGGAUACUCAGUGGAAGUCUCUGCGGAGGAGAGAGAAAACGGCCUGUAUCGUUGUGCGAAUAUCUAUGUUUUUUUUUUUAUUUUCAUAGGUUGCUUAUCACCACUGGGUAUGAAAUCAAGGUUCAUAAAAGAUGGCCAGAUUUCCGCGUCAUCUUCCAUGAGCGAUUUACAGCUGCCAUCCGCUGGAAGACUCCAUAACACAGCGUAAGUACAUCCUCGACAUUAAUCCAGUUUUAGGGAAUGGCCUAAACGACAAAACAUAGUAACAAUUAUUUGGUCCUUCUUCCGCAAAGUUUUUGCGUUAAGUUAAAUCAGUGACUGUCGAAACGCCAGUCACUGUCGGCGGUAACAGUCCUAUUCAGGACUAUACUAAUCUGGACGAUCACAUUUACUUACUUAUGGCUUUAGGGCUGUGUAUUCUAUUGAAUAACAGAAACCCUAAAUGGGGUUGAUUACACUACAAGUUUCUAUUCAGACAGUAUUAGAUAAGUUUUUUUUUUGUGACAUUCGGAUCGCACGGAACACAGUUUGAGCGAUUGCUCUUGGAAAUCAUGCAAUGUGCCAGAAAUCUACAGAUUAGUCAGUCAAUUGCUCGCAGAUCUGACUGAGCAAUCGGUAUGUUGCGCAGUUUUUCAAAAAAACUGUUUGCUCUUAGCCAAUGACAAGACAGAUAGCGAAUAGUAACCGGCUUGUCUAAGCCCCUGACGAAAGGUUAGCUUUGCUUAGCUGAUAAAUAUGGGGCACAUAAAUUAUCCAUCCACGGCUAUCUGACCAGCCUUGCGUUUUUGAGUACAACAAUAUGAUAAUAAUGUCUUAUUAUGUACAAUCUGAGGCUGUAAUUCAUUUCUCUCAAUUGAAUUUCAGAAGCUUUAGCUCUUUAGGUGGUUCGUUAGGGGCCUGGUGUUCGGAUGAUACAGAUGGUGACCAAUGGUUUCAAAUUGACCUGCUAACUACUAUGAAUGUGUCAGCGGUUGCAUCUCAGGGCUUUGGGUACGGUGGCAAUUGGGUGACCCAGUACUCUUUGAACUAUAGCUGUGAUGGAGUCAGAUGGUUUCGUUACACGCUUCAAGGAGGCCAUGAAGUAAGCAAUGUCUUUUCAAGUCAUCCGAGGCUUAAAGAAGAAACUCUAUCUGGUUGUGUAAACAUAAUCCGGUCAUGGAACAAUAACCUUUGUUGGCUUUAGUUUUUAUAAUGCCCCAAAUUAUCCCGUCCAUUGACCUAUUGACUCGGAUAAGAAUCUUUCAAAGUGCUUUAAAGUGCCGAGAAUUUUAUCCUCUACCUUCCAGUCUCACUAAACCUUUCUCUCCCAGAGACUCUAGAAGAUUCAAAAUUAGACAAAACUUUCAAAUGUCCUUUAUUUGUAAAAGGCUGAAGAACAAAUAGUACCCUGUGAACGUAAUGACAAAGACAGUUUUUCAUUUUAUUGAUGACGCGGAAGGGAUUUUCCACAGGCUCGAAAGUUAGAAUCACCUUGCAAGACUCCGAUCUCCCGGCGCGCUCACUGUGUCAUCCCGUCUCUUGAACCACGCCCGACUUAAUCUCAUUACAUAUUGCCAAACCCUGUAUCGAUUGAUAACGUCAAAAAUCACGAUCCAUUUUACUUGCAGGUAUUCAAGGCAAAUAAUGAUUCUGACAGCGUGGUAACCAACAGACUUGAAGUGCCAAUAUUGGCUCGCUUUGUUAGAAUAAACCCCCUGGCAUGGAAUCAGCUUGGAUCAAUAUGUUUAAGACUGGAAUUGUACGGCUGCCAGACAAACCAAGGUAAUAAAAAAACAUGAAUGAAAAACUUAACAGAAAAAGAAAGGUCGAAAGGAAUUGUCCGGAUCGUUUAUAAUGACGAACGGCUUUGAUUCUGUCGAAACGCGGCUGCCUAGUUUUAAGCUCUAAGCUCUCUUAGGCAAAGGAUUACAUUAGAAAAAUCAUGUAUAAAAAGUGCUUAAUUUCAGCCUUUCAGCGAGCCUGGCUUCAGUCAGGAAACGCAGCUGUUCACAAACGUACACUUCUCUUAUCCUUACCUUUUUAACCAAACUACACAGUUCUUUUACAAGGGUAUGGAACGCUAGCUUUUAAGCAAAUGAAUUUCUUAUCCCGGGGGACUCCCAUAUGAAACAGACGGGGAUGCUAGUCGUCUCGCUUAGGGGUGUAAAUUUUGGAUUUUGGUCUCGCUUAGGGUGUUCCGGGCAAAGCGCCAAUAUUUUAAGCCGCCAAGGUCUAGUUUAGGGUUCUGCGAAGAACUUGAGAUUUAUGACAAUGCUUUUAAAAACUUCUUUAAGAUAAAAGCAUUCGAUGAUUAUGUCUUUAUAUCAUUAAAACUCAUUGCAUGUCGUAUUUGUGUGUUUUUAAGCGGUCACUUUUAGGUGUCAAAAUUUGCUUAAGCCACGCCCAGAUUGGUCUCCUUUAGGGGUAACAAAAAGCUUGCGCCACGCCCAGAUGGUCUCCUUUAGGGGUUAAAUUCAAAAUUUCCGACGAGCAUCCGCGUCCGUUUCAUAUGGGAGUCCCCCCCCCCGGGUUUCUUAUGUAAAACGAAGAAGCAGUACUACCAGGUUAAUAGAGUAGUCGAUCUACUUGCAGCCACACUAAAAAUGUCUAUAACAUAGGGGAUUUCCGCAAAAUAAACAGUAAUUUUAGGGCACAAUUAAGUGAGUUAAAACUACCUUGCAACUAGUUUUCAAUGGCAGAUCGUUCGAUUGCAACCGGCUUAAAGUACUGUAGCACCAACAUAAAACCAGUGUUACGAGAAAUUCUUUUUUUCCCUAACUAAUCGAAGCAACAGAUAAACAAAGAAAAGACAUGGGCCGAUAGUUGUGUUCUUGUAAUUAACACAAUCUGGGAUCUUUUUAUUUUUCAGUUUGUCCUCACCCAACACAGGAUACAACUUUAGUUGCAACAACCAAGGCAGUUCCUCUUUCAAAUGCUGUUACCAAGACAACACCCGCGCUAAGUGGCAAAGACCAAUCAAAUACAUCGCCUCGGAGUCCUAGCCAAUGGAGCAGCGGUAAACACGUCACAGACACAGCUGUACCCACCACUAAUGCCACACCUAUCGGUUAGUUCAUGGGUAAAUAUUAUUGAAUGCAUGGGCGUUAAUCUUUGGGAGCGGAAUAUUCCCCGGGAUUUUUUUAACAUUGGAUGGCCUGAUAUGACGAACCCCUUUAUAACAAAGGCCCCGGUAGACCCGGAGGGGGGACUCGACAAAUGUUUGGGUAUAUGUGAGCAGCUGAAUGUUUGGAACCCUGACACUGUUUAGGACGAAAAAAAAUCCCCGCCCCGGAAGAACAACUGACAUUCGGCUAUGAUGAAUUUUACUUGUCUCUUGGCAAUUCUUACCUGUAAUCAAAGAUUAAAACAUCAGUGAAAAACUGGCAAUCAAUUUUCCUAAGAGAAUUUAAUGCUCUUUAGAUGUUAAGCCACAAGGACUGGCCAAAGUUGGUUAAUCAAGCCUUAAGUUCUAAGCGAGAGGUUCCAAGUUCGGUGUGUCCUCAAAUCCUUCAAAAAUACUUUUCACGUUUAGGAUCCAAUGCAUACACAUGAUAUAUUUUCCAUCACACAGAUCCAGGUAACCGCCCCCACCUUGCUACUAAGAAUAUAAGCACAUUUUUUUCUGUUGCUUCUAACUCGGAUUUUUUUUUUACCGUCGAAAGGUACUGUGAUUUGCCAGUUUUGUUUUGGGCGGGCUUUCUAACUUUUCAUUUCUACCUUAUUUUUUACAGUUUGUUUAGAAGCACUCGGAAUGCAGUCUGGUGCGAUAAACAAUUCUCAGAUCAAGGCGUCUUCUUAUAAAAGCUCUUGGACCAGACCAUCCGAGGGAAGGCUUCACAAUCAACUGUAAGCGACAAAACGAUGUAUUGUAAAGUGAAACACUAGCGCUGCAGGCUGCAAGGAAUCCCUCGAUUAUUACAGCGCACACGAAUCUAAAAACCGAAUUCACCAAUGACACAGCGGCAAAUUGAGCAACGGAGGUUGUAUUCAGUCCUUUACGCGCGCUUUCGGUUUUGUUUUUGACGUUACGUUGUCUUUGCUAAAUCUGCCUUCUGUUGCACAGGCGCAUUGCAGCAUAUUACGAGCGCGCGAACGAGACUUUAGGACGUGCUGUUUCCUCGCGCCCUGUUUGCAGUAUAGAUACCUUCACGUAGCUUGUCUGGACUGUCCCCCCGGGGGGGGGGGUACUUUAGGAAUUUCUGGGUGGGGAUGUGCCACUGGGAGCCUGGAACCCUUAACCUGUACCAGAGCUAGUUCAGCUGAAUUUUUCUACCCUAUACUAGAGUAAACUCCCCGAAUCCCCCUAUCCUAGAGUAGCUGUGUACCUAGUCUAGAUAAAAUCUUCAACCAACUGAUCAGUUUCCUGAAAAAUGAUACCCUAUUCUAGAGCCAAACGCUCUGAUUUAUAUACCCUAUCCUAGAGUAAACUGCUUGAAAACCAUACCCUUCACAGCGGCACAUACCUAUAUAGCCCAUAUAUGGCAGUGCCCCCCCCGGGACUGUCCCAUCCUCUCCUAAACUUAUUCUAUCCAGCGGCUUUCUACGGCAGGUACCUAACCGACUGUACCCAUCGUGAAGGAAAUGCUUUUUCUAUAGGAAAUAUCAAUAGAAUUAAAACACAGAAGUUUAACUAAUGUUUAUUGAAUAACUACCUAUGUGGUCUCUGUUGACAGGAGCCUCCAGAAAAGGUCAUUCGGAGGAUGGUGUGCAAAGGAUUCUGACAACCAUCCCUUUCUCCAAGUGAAUUUGAAAACAAGCACUGUAAUCACCGCCCUGGCGACACAAGGUCUACCUCUCAGAGACAACUCAGCCUUGAGAUACAAACUCAAUUACAGCUGCGACGGAAAAGUCUGGUUUGAAUACCAAGAUGGAAAGGUGAUACAUUUUACUUUGGAAAAACAAUGGGAAUUGAACCCCGGAGGGAUACUCAACAAAAUUCUACACGGAGAGGCUCCGCCCAGAUGUCCAACCCUUUACCCUUUUAUAUACCAUUUUUGACAGAAAGGUACCCCUCUCAUAUACCUUCUAUUGACAUACUAGGUUAGAACAAUGUAUCCCCGGCUCAACUGCUGUUAAUGCACCGUCUUUUUAAAAAUCUGAUAUGAAUAUAAUAAAUCACUAAACUAAGACGUUUUCUUUUCUUUUUCACAGCCAUAAAAUUCAUCUGUUAGCCCGGGUACUCCGGUUUUCCCCUUGCUUAAAAAACCAACAUUUCCAAAUUCCAAUUCGACCAGGAAUCAGGUAGACGAAGAACCACUAUGUGGAUGUGCUACCUGCAAAUCGUUAUAAAUUAAUUAAUUAAUUUUAUUUAUUUAGGUCCUUUCACAGACCGCAAUGACAGAUUUCCCUACCCUUUCAUAUACUUCAUUAGUAAAAUCCCUACCCUUUCAUAUACCUGAAGAUCGAAAAAGGUACCCCUUUCUGGCGGAGCCUCCCCGUAUAGGCCAUCAUAGGGAGUACCUCCCAGCUCUUCAUCCUUAACACUAAGCUAUAGGAACUCUGUUGCUGAGCAAUGGUCACUACUGAUGGGUUACGUUAGAACACAAAGAUUUUUUUCUGUCGCUAUAACUUGCAUAAAUUACAUACUUAUUUUCGAGAUAAACUGUUGUUUGUAGAUUUUUGAAGGACACAAAAACAACCGUGCGCGACAAAACAAGUUAUCAGUCCCCUUGAAAGCUCGACUUGUGCGGAUUCGUCUGUUGUCGAGAAAGCACGAGAAAGCAUGUCUGCGACUUGAAAUCUAUGGAUGUGAACAGGCCAACGCUGGUAAGUCAACACCAACAACAACAGCAACAACAACAGCAACAACAACAAUAAUAAUAAUAAUAAUAAUAUUAUUAUUAUUAUUAUUAUUAUCACUUUAGAUAGACUCGUCAUGCCAGAAGAAGGGGCGGAGACCGCAUGACACGUACACAACCCUAUAUGAAACAAAACAUCAUCGAUUCAUUUUGUCUCGUAACCUUAAUCAAUGCUCAACUUCUCUGCACAGCUUAGGCUAUUUUACGUAUUCGUCUUAAGGUGUCCCACUUCCUUAUGUGUUUAAACGUUUGAUUACUGUUCAUCAUUACCAUGAUGUCUCAUUUUCGCCCAAGACGUCGAAACCUGGAAACGAGGAUUUAUUUACUACGAUGGGGCAAGGGAGCGCGGGGGGAAGAAUUCUCCUCGGGAUGUGGAGGGGGGCGGUGGACGUACCUACCGUAAACGUUACCUUAUUUCAGACCGUAUUCGCUGUUGUCAAGCGACGAAUAAUGAAAAACCCUACUUAAAGUCGUUUCCUUGCAUCAGUUACCUCUUUCCUAUUGCAACCUCGGAGAAAAUUUCGUGGUCGAUUUUUGAAGUCAACGUUUCAUGCCUUUUUCCUUGAAAAUACUAAGGUACAGCACCCCUUUUAAAUCUACGCAGAGAUGGACAGGCAUUAACGACUAGUUAGUCAAUCGUUAAUUGAUUCAGACACACUCACUGAUCAUGAAGUGGUAGAUAUAAUUGGAUGAACAAUUUUUGGAUGCUCGCAAGGUAAAGCAGUAAUUAAUCGUUUUGCGUCUUCGUAACAACAGUUAACAAUUGAGAGUAAAGCAUCGCGUUUACGGCAGACGGCAAACGUAAAUUUGUACCACGUGACCAAGUUUUCCCUUUGUUUUUAACUGUUCGGUUACGACUACACGAAAAUCGUUAGAUUCACGACAGCUCUAUCAAUAAGAAUUGUUUUGAACUGUUUUUCUGUUCAUUUCUUAUUCUGAUUAUUCCUCAACUUAAAUUUCAUGUUUGCCGUUUGCCGUAAACGCGACCUGCGAACGGCCGCUGAGAACGCCAUGAACCCUUUAAACCAUAUCUUCAUACUCGCCCUGUUAGUAAUUUGCUAUCUUAAUUUUCAGAUUGCGGCAACAAAGAUUCAAUUAAUUUUACCAAAAUUUACGAAGAAUAUUCAACACAAGACCUAACGGUAACUAAAGAUGCAAGUUUAACAGGGACCGUCAAAAGACCCACGAGACCAAAGGACAUGAUAGUAAUUGUUAACGCCCCAGAUGAACGUCGACUAGACAACUCCGCAGAAUAUAACAAAAUAAGAAGGAAAUUUAUGUUCUUGACAUUAAUUACAUUACUGCUUAAUUUCCUUUAG